UCUGGGUUGAAUCAAUGCUACCGGAAAAAGAAAGGGAGAAAAAUUUGAGAGAUGUUUUAUUUGUUUGUUGAAGACGAUCUUUAACGGAUUUUUCGUUAAAAGAUUGGCGAAAUGGAACCAAAAACAUGAGGUUCUAACAUCAACAGCGUAGCCAAAAUACUCCUCCAUGUGCUCCAUUCAGUCACUGCCCCACAAUCUAAAUUCAAAACCCUUUUUCUUCUUUAAUCCUUUUCAAUCUUCACCACAACCCCUUUCUUCUUCGCUACCCAUGCCUAUGGAGAUCUGACAGACCUCAACAACGAGUGUUUCAUUUUCUGUUCUUCUCUGCAUUUUUUUGCGUCUUUUUUCAUGAAUUUCUGUCCCAAUUUUGUUCAUUUCAACUGGGCUGAUGAUGGGUAUCUGUCAAUUUCUGAAUCUCUUCCCAAAAUUAAUGGUUUUUCUUUCUGGGUUUGCUGAAUUUUGUGAUUUCAUGGUUGUUGUUUGAUGAUUGAUGGGGUUUUUUUUUUCUGUUUUUGAAAUGAAAAUCCUUUGUUUUGACAUAGAGAUUCAUGGAAUUGGGUUCUUCUGGUGAGUUCGUUUCGUUUGGAGGUUUUGGUGAGAGGAUGAGAGGGGGGAAAGAUGAACAAAGAAUGUUGUUGAGUCCCAUGUUCCCUAGGCUUCAUGUCAAUGACACCGACAAAGGUGGCCCAAGAGCUCCUCCAAGGAAUAAAAUGGCUCUCUAUGAGCAGCUCACCAUUCCUGCUCAAAAGUUUUCCUCUGGAUCAGCUUCAGCUGCUGCUCCUCUUCCGCUCGGCACUCCGACGACCUCGACAUCCUCCAGCCAUUUUGGUGGCAAGAAGAGGGGCAUCUUCUCAUCGUCCUCCAAGGGCUCGAAACAAUCUCAUCUCGACGAGAAGCUUCACUCUUAUGAUUCUAAAGGAGUUGUGCAAAGCAAUGAGGCAAAGUUGCUAAAGACAAGUGUUGUAGCAGCAGGAUCAUUGUCAUCAAAUCCUCCAAGCAAUUCAAUUACAAAGGUCUUGAAGAAUCCCAAGAAGUUUCAGGAAAGGAUGUCGAGCGGCAGCACGAGCGAACUCGAUAGUUCCAGAAAAUAUGCAGGGAAUGAAGGCGAGGAGCAUCCAAAUUUGGGCAAGGCUACUCAGGAUCAUGUAAAGAGGCCUAUAUUUAUCCAUUCACCCACAGAUGAGCCUUUGUUGGAGCCAAAUACUCGGCCUUCAAUGAAUUAUAGGGACUCUCAAAAGGCAAAGCUGCCCCAUCCAUCUAAACAAAACUGGACUUCCACCAGCAAUUCGAGCACACCGUGCGGUGCAAAUGUGAGAGCAAAUCCCGAAGGCUUGGCCGAACAAAGCUCUGAAGCUCUCCAAGACAAUGUGGGGUGCGCUGAGGUUCGUGGUUUGGAAAAUUCGUCACCAAGAGAUGGUGACAGAAAUGUGGCUAACGAGUUCGAGAAGUUUGCUACCGUGCGUUUGAGAGAAGUAGAACAUAAACACAAUGUUUCAGAGGCUUCCUUAGUAGAUUCAGCUACAGCUCCAAAUAUCUCCCCUGAUGUCGUUGUCGGGUUGAUCGGUGAAAAACAAUUCUGGAAAGCUCGAAAGGCGAUUUCUCAUCAGCAAAGGAUUUUUGCAGUACAAGUGUUUGAGCUGCAUAGACUCAUAGAGGUUCAAAGACUCAUUGCUGGUUCACCACACAUAUUACUUGAACACUAUUUAGACAAACCGUCAUCCGCUCUGUCUGCUGUUAAGAACAAGCCAACCAAGUGUGCUGCGCAACAGCCGGUUCAAAUUGCCACGGUGAAAGGCUAUCAUCAACGCCCAAAUCCCGUUUUCGACACCAAAUGUGCAGAUAAGAAUCCUCUUGCCAAGCUUCCUUUACCUUCCUUUAACAAGGACAACACUAAACUUGCCCUUACUCGACAAACGAGCUACGAGCUUCGAGUAAAAGACACGCCACAAACUCCGAUAGCUGCUGUUCCAAAAUCAGCUCCCUGGUGCAUUAGCCACCCUACACCAGGAAACCAAUGGCUGGUUCCAGUUAUGUCUCCUUCUGAAACUCUUGUUUACAAACCAUAUACAGGACCAUGCCCUCCGACUGCAGGAUUCGUGACACCGAUGUACGGUAACUAUGGAUUAACGAGCCUAAACACAGGCAGUGGAGACUUUUACGCCCCAGCUUAUGCUGUUCCUGCUUCUAACCACCAAGGGUUCGGAUAUUUUCCGGGCAUGAUUCCCUUGAACCAAAUGUACUUUCCACAUUAUGGCGUACCAGUAACGAAUCAAUCGAUGUCGGGGUCAACUCCAGAUCAAAUGAGUCUGUUUGCUAAAGUGAAAUCAAAAGAACAGGAAAAGCAGAUAUCAACUGGGGAUAUCAACUACUUGGCGCACCAAGAAAACUCGUGCGAUAUGCCAAACCAAACGAGCCAUUCGAUGCCAUUUCGUGCUCCAAAAGUUCACGGAUCGAUGGGAAGUACGGGUAGUAGCAGCUCCGAGAGAGGCAAUGGAGAUGUGCUUCCUCUUUUUCCUACUGAACCACCAGGAGUUGAGGAGUCCAGUCCUAAUGCAGACAUGAGUGAGCAGAAAUCAAGGGCAAUCAAGGUUGUGCCUCACCAUCCUAAAUCUGCUACUGAAUCAGCGGCUAGGAUAUUUCAGUUAAUACAAGAAGAAAGAAACCAAUUAUGAUGUAUUUCAGUUCAUCUGGGAUGUGAUAUUAUCUAUCCACACUGUUGUCAAUAUUCUUAUAGAACUGUAAGAAAAUUUUGUCUGUAAUCAUGUUCUUCUCAUUAGUGAAAAUGUGAAUAGAUUUCUGAAA